AUGCACAAGCCACUAUACCAGACACCCCUCCGUUUACAACGUAUGCUUUUGAGAUUACAGAAGUAUGACAUCGAGUUAAAAUACAGACCCGGGAAAGAAUUGGUUCUUGUCGACACUCUAUCGAGAGCAUACAUUCAGAAAAGUGUGACUGACGACAACCUCAGUGAGGAAAUUGAGAGACAUGUUAUGUCGGUGUUGCGAAAUAUCCCGGUCUCGGAUGGGAAGUUGGAGCAAAUCAGAACAGAAACUCUGAAAGAUGAAACCCUCCAAGAAGUAGUCAAGAUUGUUGAGGAAGGAUGGCCAGACCACAGGUCCGAGACCCCAAGCAGAACUCAUGAUUUCUGGACCAACAAAACAGAGCUCACACAUGUACAUGGAAACCUUUUCAAAGGGGACAGGAUUGUGAUUCCGAGAACUCUGCAGGCUGAGAUGCUGCAGAAACGGGUCACAUGGGAAUACAGAAAAGCAAGAAACGGGCGCAAGAACUCUUUGUGCGAUUACUACUCCAGAUAUUUUGAAGUUGGAAAACUCGAGAACACCAGGAGCGCAACCGUAAUAAACCAGCUCAAAUCAUUCUUUGCGCGACACGGAAUACCUGAGGAAGUCCGGAGCGACAAUGGUCCGCAAUAUAGCUCCAAGGAAUUCAGGAAAUUCGCGGAAGACUGGGGGUUCGAUCACAAGACGUCCAGUCCGCACUAUCCCCAGAGUAACGGUCUUGCUGAAUAA